AUGUAUAAAUUAACAGUUUACUAUAGCUUGUGGUUAUGUUUAGUUUUAUGUCCGUAUGUAAUAACACAGUAUAUCUAUCCUAUAGAUGAAACACCUGGAUUUGGUAGAAGAUUUGAUGGUCUUGGGGCAUUGAGUGGAGGGGGAGCAACAAGUAAACUAUUAGUUAACUAUCCGAAACAACAGCGAGAUGAAAUACUUGACUAUUUAUUCAAGCCAAAUUUUGGAGCUUCCUUACAUAUUCUUAAAGUGGAAAUAGGCGGCGACGGACAGGGCACAGAUGGAACGGAGGCUUCUCACAUGCACUAUAGCUGGGAUCUGAACUUUGCACGAGGUUAUGAAUGGUGGAUGAUGUUAGAAGCAAAAAAGAGAAAUCCAGAUAUAAAAUUAUUCGGGUUGCCCUGGGCUUUUCCAGGAUGGGUCGGAGGAGGAACAUUAAGUCCCUACACCUACCCAGAAGUAACAGCAACUUAUGUGUGUAAAUGGAUUGUUGGCGCUAAACAACUUUACAAUCUUACCAUAGAAUAUGUCGGGAUUUGGAAUGAAAGAGACUAUAAUAAAACAUAUAUUUUGACAUUAAGGCAGACCUUGGAUUCCCAUGGGUUACAACAUGUAGAGAUAGUGGCAGCAGAUGAGUCAGUUGAUGAUUUACGGAUAGAUCAUGACAUCCUCACAAACCCAGACCUAGCUCAUGCUGUGUCAAUUAUUGGGUUAGUUACACCUAUUGUUGUAUAA